AGACCGACUGCUCGUUUCACCACUGUGCCUAAUCUGGUGCCCGCCGUCAAAUAUACAUCCAUCUAUGUCAAGAUAACAAGCCGACACGUCCCGCCAAAUAUCUCGCCCGGCACUUGUCGUGUGAGACGCCAGCAUCGACGAUGCCGCCUUGCUUCAUCGAUGAUGAACUUGCACUCAUGGUGUGCGCAUUCUGAUUCCCGGCAGGUCAAGCAUUGUACUCUUUCGUCUUCUAUUUCCAUUUCUGUGGAGCCAGCCGAGCCAUCGUAUUCCAGGAAAAGAGCAGAUCAUCUGCCCUGCUUUGAAGACCCUUUUCCAACAUCGUCAUCAGGUACAUCCUCUCCAAUGACGCGCAUGCAGCCCGCAUGCCCAAGUUGA